ACAACGUUUUCACGCUACUGUCCAAUGUCAACAGGCCUAGCCAGGAGUCAGAACUCACCAACUUCCUGGUUAAACAGGAAGGUCAGUCCCUUCCAGCCUGCUGUUGUGCUCUUCUACUAUAUAUUAAAAUAUAACAAAUUAUUUUUUGUAACUUGUAUGCAACAAUUUGAAAUUGGCCAUAUUAUUCCAUUGUUACUGCAAGGGGCURAAGAGUGCAAAGGUGCCAUUAAAUCAGAGUGGCAGAGAUGCCAAAUUCUCUGGACGCCUCUUCCCAAUAGCCAAACACCUGAAGCUUCGGGGCAUGUGUGGGAUUUUGACAUUUUUUACGUAGCUGCUGCUCCUUCCUCACCGCAGCCAUUAUCGGAUGUCUUUGUCUGUGUAGCCUAUAAACUUCGACAUGUUGUAGAACAAACUUCUGUCCGUAACAGUAGCUAAACACGAAGACUGGAAAGCAGCCAAACUAAAAUUACCCAACAGCAUGUACAAGAAGGUGCUGGUGAUCCUCRGUGACUCCAUCCUGCCCCACAUAGCAAUCCCACACUGAUGAUCGACUUCCUGGCUGCAGCCUAUGAUGUUGGCGAUCACCUGCCAGUCUACUUGGUGGCAGCGUUUGCCAAGCGUCUGUCCCGCCUGGCCGUCACGGCGCUGCCUGCUGCCUUGCUCAUGGUAAUACCCUUCAUCUGCAACCUGAUCCGCCGCCAUCCUGCCUGCCGAGUCCUCAUUCACCGCCCCAGUGCAGCAGACGAAGCCUGUGAUGACCCCUACCUGAUGGAGGACCCCACCCAGUGCUAUGCCCUGGAAAGCAGCCUGUGGGAGCUACAGACUCUUCAGAAGCAUUGUCAGCCUGAUGUGGCCAAGGCUGCCAUGGCGAUCAACAAGCCCCUGUCACAGCAGGAGGAUGACAUCAGCYAGGUCCUGGAGUUAUCCACCUAUGAGAUGGAGCGGGACCUGAAGCAGAGCACGACUGUGCCGCUGGAGUUUGACCAUGCCAUCAAGCUACUGCAGGGCACUGGAGGAGUGGGGGUGCUGGGCCUGCACUUCUCUCUAGAGUAGAGACAACCAGCACCAGGACAUUCAUACACCCAGCUCUUUGGACCUCUCUCCGAUAACCCCUUUAUAUUUCAGCUCCACAUUUUUCUCUUGUUUUCUGUUUUGGAUUCAUUGUACUUCAAUCAUGUGUGUUUCCCGAGUGGRGCAGUGGUGGUCUAAGUCACUGCAUCUCAGUGCUAGAGGCAUCACUACAGACCCUGGUUCGAUCCCAGGCUGUA